AUGCUCGCCACAUUGACAUCAAUAGUCUUGUCUCGUUUCACGUACUCCUGCAACCCUACUAUAUAUACAAACUUAUAUUAUUGGUUAAACCAUCUAAACAUCAAGCCUUCUUGUGGAAAGAUAAGAAAAACCAAUGCUAAAAGGUACCAUAUUAGAUCAAUUAGCUUGCCUUCAAGAUCUCAUCCUGCCAACCUUAGAGUUGAAGAAGAGCUGAACAAGCUCAAAAUAUGGGAGGCAUCAUCUACAUCUACAUCAGGGUCAAUUUGCAUUGGCCUGUCAGGACUAGAAGAUUUGUAUAAAGGUAUGAAUGAUCUACUCAACAUGUCAUCAACACAGGAAAUCCUCUCUCAAUAUGAGAAUGAAAAAUGCCUCAACAGUUUAUUGGAUGGAUCUGUGAAGCUUUUAGAUAUCCGUGGAAUUACAAGGGAUUUAAUGUUACAGUUUAAGGAGCAAGUCCAGGCUCUUCAAUCUAUACUUCGCAGGAGAAAAGGAGAUUCUAACAUUGAAAGCAGUAUAUCUAAAUAUACAUGCUUUAGAAAGAAGAUAAAAAAGGGGGCAAAAAAGUUCAUUGCUGUAUUGAAGCAAAUGGACGGCAAACUUAAGGCGGCUCCAUUUCAAGAUGACCACUUGAUUCAAUUGUUUAAAGAAGUUAUUGCAAUGAAUAGUUCCAUCUUCCAAUCCCUCUUCUUGUACUUGUCAACAUCAAUCCUGAAAGGAAGUAUGUGGUCUGCAGUUUCGAAGUUGAUGCACAAGGCAGCAAUAGCAUGUGAAGAAAAGCAAGAAAUUGUGAAAUCUCGAGAAGAUACAAAUUGCACAUGA